AUGUGCCCCACCCUUGCCAAGGCUCUGGCUCUGCGCCUGAUCGUGGCCUUCGCCGUGCUGGCCGUAGUGACCGCUGCGCCCCAGUACAGCGCGCCGCAGCAGGGGUACGGCGCGCCGCAGUCGUCGGCGCGUGGCACCGCACAGGGCCCCGUGUACGCCUCAGGGGGCGCCAACCUGCGCUCGGCCGCGCAGGGCCGCGACGCGCAGGCGCGCACCCUCAGCGAGGAGAACAUCAACAACGGCGACGGCACGUACCAGUUCAGCUUCCAGACGGACAACGGCAUCAGUCGUGACGAGCAGGGUGACGCCAACCAGGUGACGGGCAGCUACAGCUACACGGGCGAUGACGGCGUGCCCGUCUCCAUCUCGUUCGUGGCCGACGUCAACGGCUUCCAGCCGCAGGGUGACGUGCUGCCGACGCCUGUGCCCACCGAGUACCCGACGCCCGACGUGCCGCUCAGCCCCGAGGCCAACCCCAACUUCGCCGGCCGCGGCCAGGCCCAGCCCUCGUACUCGACGCCCGCCGCGCCCAGCCGCUUCUACGGCGCCGCCUAG